AUGUCCGUAUCAGCAAUCUUCGGCGUCCAAAUCGCCGCCACCUCCUCAAUCCCUCCUCUCCGUCAAUCAUCCUACAGCGGUGCCACAAGGGUUGCUUCGCCGGAAGUCAAGUAUGGCCGUGAAAUUGGAGACAAUAUAGGGUUAAUGAUAGAAUGCUCAUCGAGGCCACAAAAGAAGGCGACAGCACACCACCGGAAAACAAGGCCGAAGAAGACGGCGGCGUGGGACAGAAACCGUGGGCCUGCUGUUUACCCACCUCUGCCGGACCUUCCCCCGGAGUGGACUCUCGUCACUGACCAGGCCGUUGAAGCUUCUCCGUCAUCAACGUCGUCACCACCUGCAACUGCGUAG